AUGAAGAGGCCUUUUGAGGAUUAUUCCCUACUUGAUAUAAAUGCCAUUGACACUUUACUUGAUGAGGUUAUUGAGCACUAUGCAUUUCCUUCACUUACUCAUGAAUCUAUACUUGCUACUGCUUGUGUUUCUUGCUCUUACAUUGAUACUUUUGUGUGCCAAAAUUACUUAAAUGUUGAUGUAUACUUGAAUGGUACCUCUUCUCAUGAACUAUUUGAUGAUGAUAAAAUGGCUACUAUGCUUGAACUUAAUGGCCAUGAGAAGGGUAUUAUUUCUUGUGAUGUAGGUGUCUUGCUGCUCAUUUCAUGCUUCUAUUUAUAUUCCGGUUCUUCUAUAGAUUUUAAUGACUCGUUUCAAUUAAUCAAAGACGCUGAUACUGUAAGCUCAGGCAGCUUCAAACUUGGGUUCUUUAGCCCAAUAAAUUCAACCAAUCGCUAUGUUGGAAUUUGGUAUCUAAAUGAAUCCACAGUAAUAUGGGUGGCUAACAGAAACAACCCUGUGAGAGAUUCUUCUGGGGUUUUCACAAUUUCAGAGGAUGGCAACCUGGUGGGGUUGAAUGAUCAAAAUCUCACACUUUGGUCAUCUAAUGUGUCAAACAUUCCUCCCGAUUCAUCAAUGGCUCAACUUCUAGACACUGGGAACCUUGUUCUGAGUGAUAACACCACAGGAAAAACACUAUGGGAGAGUUUUCAGCAUCCUUCUGAUUCAUUUAUUCCAAAGAUGAAACUUGGUACAAAUCCAGGAACAGGCGAAAAACCAACGCUUCUUACUUCUUGGAAAUCCCCUUCUGAUCCAUCCAUAGGUAGCUUCUCUGCAAGUCUUGAACAUUUGGAUGCUCCUGAAGUUGUAAUCUACAAUGGGUCUAAACCAUAUUGGCGUUCUGGUCCAUGGAAUGGCGGGGAAUUUCUAGGAGUGAAUGCUACAUACGAUAGGUCUAAAGCAUAUGCUUCUUCAAAUCUUGACGGAUUCAGUCUAAACGAAGACAAUGGUACAUAUUGCAUUUCUUUUGAUCUGGCAAGAACUUCUCAUUUCGGAGUCUUUAAGUUGAGCUCAAUAGGAGAAUGGGUUAUAACGGGAUGGAUCAACGAGAAAGAAGUUAGAAGAUGGAGGAUUCAACACAAUGAAUGCGAUGUGUAUGGUCAAUGUGGAGAGUUUGGAUACUGUAAUCCUGAAAGCACUCCAAUUUGUAGCUGUUUAUAUGGGUUUGAGCCCAAGUAUCCAGAUGAAUGGAAUAAGCAAAACUGGAAAAAUGGUUGUACAAGAAAAGAACCAUUGCAGUGUGACAAGAGGAUUAAAAGUGGAAGUGAAGAUGGGUUCAAGAAACUAGAGAGCGUGAAACCACCAGAUUUUGUAGAGCAAUUGCAGGUUCCUGAUGAAGAAAAUUGCGGAAGGAAAUGUUUACAAAAUUGCUCUUGUUUGGCUUAUGCAUAUGAUUUAGCCAUAGCAUGCAUGUUAUGGAAUGGUAAAUUAAUUGAUAUUCGAACAUUCGCUCCUAAAGGUGUUGAUCUUUACAUUCGUCUAGCAAAUUCAGAACUCGAUAAAAUAGGAGAUAAAAGAAGGGACAAGUGGAAAGUGAUAGUGAUUGCUAUUUCUUUAACAAUCGGAGUCACUGUUUUUGCGGCAUGUUCUUAUUUUCUAUGGAAAAUUGUUGCCAGAUCAAAAGGCAAAACGAAUCAAAAUGGUCUGAGUGAAAGCAUGAUGAUAAGAGACUCGGGACAAGAAAAACUAGAGGAGCUUCCACUGUUUGAAUUUGAAAAGCUUGCAAUUGCGACAAACAACUUUCACGGAUGUAACAUGAUUGGUCAGGGAGGUUUUGGUCUCGUAUACAAGGGAGAAUUGCAAGAUUCACAGGCCAUAGCUAUUAAAAGGCUUUCAAGAGGCUCUGGGCAAGGCCUUGAAGAAUUUAUGAAUGAAGUAAAGGUGAUAUCUAAGCUUCAACAUCGCAAUCUUGUAAGACUUAUUGGUUGUUGUAUUGAGCAAGAUGAAAAGAUGUUGGUCUAUGAGUACAUGCCUAACAAAAGCUUGGAUGCAAUGCUCUUUGAUUCAAGGAAAGUAGUAGUCUUAGAUUGGAGAAAACGCUACAGCAUAAUUGAAGGAAUUACUCGAGGAUUACUUUAUCUCCAUAGAGAUUCAAGAUUAAAAAUAAUACAUAGAGAUCUUAAGGCAAGUAAUAUCUUAUUGGAUGAAGAGCUAAAUCCAAAAAUAUCAGACUUUGGCUUGGCAAAGAUUUUUAAAGGCAAUGAGAAUGAUCAAGGAAACACUAGAAGGGUUGUUGGGACAUACGGCUACAUGUCUCCUGAGUAUGCAAUGCAAGGAUUAUUUUCAGAGAAAUCAGAUGUCUUCAGUUUUGGAGUGUUGUUGUUAGAAAUUGUUAGUGGGAAGAAAAAUACUAGCUUCUAUCAUCAGGAGAUGUCCUUAAGCCUAUUGGGAUUUGCAUGGAAACUAUGGAAGGAAGACAAUGUUAAAUCUCUGAUAGACUCGAAAAUAUAUGAUCCAAGCUUUCAUAUGGAGAUCUUGAGAUGCAUACAUAUUGGACUUCUAUGCGUACAAGAACUUGCAAAAGAUAGACCAAGUAUGGCCAUUGUGUAUUCAAUGCUUAAUAGUGAGAUUGUGAAUCUUCCUUCACCAACACAACCUGCUUUCACAAAGAGGCAAUGCACUAUGAAUUUAGAAUCUUCUCAACAAAGUGAUCAUGUUUACUCCAAUAACACUGUCACACUUACUAAAAUUUAA